AGCUGUUGCACUUGCGCGCAUCGUUACCUUUAAGAUGCUCGAGGAUAAAGCCUUGUUUUAGCUAAACCCGACACCAUUUUAAGCUAAGAGUUUGGUGCGCCCGGUGAGCGGGGUCUGGACGUGUGUUUUGCCGGUGGAUCGUUUUCUUUAAAGCGAAGCGGGGGGGGGUAUUAACGGCCGAGCUGCUUCUAUAAAUGUCAGAUUUCAUUAUUUGUCGGCCUACCGUGAAGCGGCGGCGGCGGCGGGGGCGCGAGGGACGGCACGAGACGAGACGGGGUCCGCGAGGAGGGUGCAUACACAAAAUACUUUCCCUUUAAAGCAGAGAGGGACAGAGGGGGUGAAGAAGAGAGACAUAAAAAAAGAAAAGGAAGAAAGACAGAGAGGGAGGGAGGGCGAGAGGGAGAGAAUUUGAAAAAAAGAGAAAGAUGUCAUCCUGUCGAUUGAAACACCGAGGCGGAGCCAUGGACCGCGGCCGACCAGGAGCGCUCUAGUUAGGGGACGAGCUGUACGCAACGCCGAGGCUUUGGACCCGACGCUGCGGCCUUCUCGGAGCUAUCGCAAAUAAAUGAACUCAUGAACAGCUGCUGACUAUUAUUAGCAACGUUUCGACUACAUCCUACUCAUCUGCUGUAUAUAUAUAUAUAAAAAAAGAUCUCUAUUUUGCAUGCAAUUCACCAGAUUUUAUUACAGUAGACAUAAGCAAAUUAUAUAAAAAAAAAACGCACCAUUAAGGGAAGCAUGAUACCAACCAUUUUGUCGCAUUUACAAAAUCAUCUUGUCAGUGCCUGUAUAUUGCCAACAGAUUUUCAUAUUAAUUCAUAACUCAUAGCAGCCUAAUCACUAACUUUUAAGCUAAACAUCGUCCGAUGCCAUUAUAUAUUUCCAUUGAUUAACCCGGGCAGGUAGAGAAGAGCUGCGGUACAGGCCUCGGGUUGUGUUUUCAUAGCAGCCGUUGGAGCCUUUCUUCCCGGGCUCCGGUGCCCUCCUCCCUCCCCUCUUCGGUCCCGGGCUGGUUAGCUUGGAGUCCCUGCAGUUCAGGAUGGAUACGUCGUGGAGUAAUUUCCUCUUUCAGACGGCGCCGGCUCCGAGCCAGCCCGAGACGCCUCUUCAGUCCGAGCUGCUGCCCGAGCUGACCGGCUCCGCCCAGAGUCCUCCAGCAGAGCACAUCGGCACGCCGCCGUCCACCGUCGACACCGCCGCCCUGAGCGAGGAGCCGCUGCCUGUCAAACCGCUCACCAAGCCGAGCCGGCCGGCCCACAUCUGCGCCACCUGCAACAAGGAGUUCAAGAACAGCUACAACCUGCGGCGGCACCAGUCGGUGCACACGGGCAUCAAGAUGAAGGACCGCGUCGCCCGGGAGAAGGAGGACGGGGGGAAGGCCGGGCGGGUGGAGAAGCAGUCGAUCCCUCUCUCCCUCCUCCACCUCACCCUGCCCUCCCAGCCUCUCCCUCCCCCUCCUCCCACCGCCGCCCCGGAGACCCUCCCCCAGCCCGGCCAGCACGCCAACCAAGAGAGCCAGCCCGUCUCUGUGUCCAUCGCCCCGGCAACCGUAACCAUGGCUGCGCCGCCUCAACCCAUCCAGGCAGCUGUUGUCGUCGUGGGCUCCAUGGAGCAGAAUCCAAACCCCAACCCCAACCCCAACCAGGUGAGGAAGAACCACGCCUGCGAGGCCUGUGGAAAGGCCUUCAGAGACGUCUACCACCUCAACCGUCACCGUCUGUCCCACUCAGACGAGAAGCCCUACUCCUGCCCCAUCUGCCAGCAGCGCUUCAAGAGGAAAGACAGAAUGAGCUAUCAUGUGCGCUCGCACCAGGGCGGCGUGGAGAAACCCUACAUCUGCCCUCACUGCGCCAAGGCCUUCUCUCGCCCGGACCACCUCAACAGCCACGUCCGACAGGUGCACUCUACAGAGAGACCGUUCAAGUGCACGGUAACGUCUUCAUCUGUCUCUUUACUGGAGUUCAGCCAAUAUGGACGUGCACGUCAGCGUUUGCCACGCGGGAUCGUCUCCGCGCCCACCUGAUCCGCCACGAGGAGAAGGUGCCGUGCCACAUCUGUGGGAAGCUGCUGUCUGCUGCGUACAUCACCGACCACAUGAGGGUCCACAACCAGUCGCAGCACCACGCCUGCCACCUGUGCAACCGCAGCUUCACCACCCUCACCUACCUGCGUGUCCACGCCCAGAAGCACCACGGCCAGGAGUGGAAGGAGAGCGGCGGGGCGCGGGGGGGCUUCGGUGGGACGGGGGCCGGCGGCGUGCUGCUCUGCCAGCUGUGCGGGGUGCA